AAGCCCUUCAUAAAGAUGAAGCUGCUGCUCGCCCAGAGGUACUCAAUUGUUAUAUUCAAUGUAUUUGCUAAGGAGAUUGGCAUGCUUGCUGCCUUUUGUCUAAAAGGUCACUACCCCAAGCUGGUCUUCCACUUUGAGCUGAAGAGGAGCAUUCUGUACUUCAUCCUGGAGACAUAUGUCCCAUCAAGCCUAUUGGUGGUUCUUUCUUGGGUCUCCUUCUGGAUUUCGCUGUCCUCUGUUCCAGCACGAAUUUGUAUAGGAGUGACCACAGUACUGACCAUGACCACUCUGAUGAUGGGAGCUCGCACGUCGCUUCCGAAUGCCAACUGUUUCAUCAAGGCGAUUGAUGUGUACUUAGGAAUCUGCUUCAGCUUUAUUUUUGGAGCCCUCAUUGAGUAUGCUGUGGCUCAUUUCUGCACCCUCACUUACAGCGACCCGCAUAUGCUGGUGUAUGGCCACCAAUUGCAUAACUUUGAUGACGAAAUAAACGGCAUCGUCACCACCAUCUCCAGCCCCUGUGACAGGGCCAAGAGACGCAAGGAACCUGACGCAGGUCCCGCCGCUGCUCCCGCCACCAGCGAAUUGGCAGUCGAUCCAUCCAGCCAGACAGGCAGCGAGCCCAAGCCCGCCGAGGCUUCUCCUCCAGAACCCACCAACUGGUGUUUCAUUGCUCUGGCCACCUUUCGCAAACUUCUCAGUUUCAUAAGCUGCUGUCACAUAAAAAAUCCACACCACAUAGACAACUACUCAAGAGUCACUUUCCCUUUGUCAUUUGUCCUUGUUAAUCUUCUUUAUUGGACGUAUUAUUUGUACUUUUAGCAUUUAUCCCUAGUAUUUAGACAGGGAGUUUAUUUCACUCAAUGUACAAUAAGUGUGACUUAGGUGUGGUUCUGAGGUGGGUUUUUACUAUUUCUAAGCAGCAGCAUAAUGAGAAUGAGAAAGAUUGUUUUUCAGGAAGAAAAAAAAAAGUGUCAUUAUUGUAAUUCAACGUCACUCUUUUAGCAUACUUAAUGCUGACUGGUGAGGUCUGGUAGACUACAAAGCUCGACAUGAAGAGGAGUAAUUGCUUCCAAAGAUGAAAACCAUUCCGUUUGCAUAUUUCCCACUGUAGCUCAUUUAUUGUAAUUGUGUCUCGUUCAGCUUGUAAGUGGCGAACACACAGAAGAUGGAGCUGUAAUUUAUGCUGGCCAAAACAUCCAGGGGUGCUGUGCACGGGCGAAUGGGCUUACUCGUUGUCUGACUUUUUCCAAGUGAUAUUUUAUUAAUUGUUCUUUUCUGCCUGAAUGUUCACAUCUUCAGUACAAUUGGCUAAUAUGAAUAGGCAGUGGCAGAAAUAAAAUAAAAAGAAAAAAAGAAAAAGACCCAAUGCAAAAGAAUAACAUGAUGGAAACUUCAGUUCCGGGAAAUAUCACAAACAGUUUAUGUAAUUGUCUUUUACACAAAAACUCUCAAUACUACCUAAAUUACAGCAGAUAAAUACAUCAUUUAAUGGGGCUGCUAUGAAUAGUUCAGAUUGUAACGAAAUCAGAAAAUUACACCAUUCAUUCACCCGUUUUUGUUCGGUGUCACAAUUCACAUUCCUUAGACAGCACACCAAGCCUAUGCUUUCUUAUCAGCUAACCAACUCUGGCUGGCUGUCUUACUGGAAUAUUUCUUUUAAAAUACGGUCAUGUGAUGUUAUCAGAUGUUGGUGUAGGUUAGUACUGAAGUGCUUAUCUUCGCCAGAUAUGUCAUUUCAAUUUUUCAGCUAUUUAGAGCUGAGUCGAAAAUGUCAUUUCCAUUGAUCUGUUUUUGGAAGAUGUUAUUACUGGCAAUGCUCUUUACCUUCUUAACAGCUCCAAAAUGAUGGAAUCUUCUGGACUAUAUCAGGAGGUCGCUGUAAAAUAAGUUUACACUGAAAUAUAGAAAUACUACAUGACAUUUAAUAACUGCUUACGCCAACAAGUCUGGAAAAAGCACACUAGAGUUAGAGAAAAGCAGAAAGAAGGAGUAGAAAAAGAACAGAUGCAAGAUGGAAAUGUUUUCAUUUAAGCAAACUACCGGUACUAUUCAGUUCAAACUUACUGUCAAUGCAUUUGACAAGGUGAUGUGUUUGAAUGACACAUACGUAGACCACAACCUAGACGGUACGGUUUGUUGUACAGUCUGUUUGCUACCUUUGUCCGAGGAAGCAACAUUUAUGAUGGCCAUGGGCUGAAUAUGUCGACCAAAGAUUAUAAUCAGAUUUAAAAGUGCAUUCUCAAGUACCAUGGCGGCAUGCUGUCGGUCUGCAGAUUAACGUGACAGCUCCUAUGUCAGACAAUGGGGCAAAUCUGCCUGUUAAUUUUGUUGUUGUGUUCUAUACCGCUAUAAUAUGCUCUCACAUAGACUGGAGUGAGUUGAUUUAUUCAGAUGGCAAGUUUCUUCCAUGAUGUGCAUUGAGAUGCAUGAAGUGGGUAUAUAACUUCAUUGCCUUCAGAAACUAUUUCGGCUGCAUUGUUUCUCUGUUUUAACUCAUUCACUCCCAAAGACGUUUUUAAACGUCUUUUCAGACUUGGUCCUGAAUUGGCUCGUACUGAAUGAGUUUUAAAUAGACUGACUCAGCCCUCCUUUUCUGAUGAUAACGCUAACAAAUAAUUUCAUUUAUAACCUUUGUUCUCCCUGCGUGCAUGCUUUGCUUGGUUUGCUUGGGUUAAAUAUGGGGGGGAGAAAAACAAAAAC